CUCCCUCCACCUCCACCAGUGAAACCCACCAAAACUUACAGUCGUGGCUCGGUGGUGAUGGUGGACGAAAUCAUGAACGCCAGCCCGUCCAAGUUCAGGUUUCCGGAGGCUGGGCUUCGCGUCAUGGUCACCAGCCACUUUGGACCCAAGACCCGUCUGCGAAUGGCCAGUCGUCUCAUCAUUACAGAGAAGUUGGUCCAAGCUGCCAACGGCGUGGAGACACAAGUGAUUGACGGGAAGGUGGAGAUCGAGAACGGGAACGUGCCGGAGGACAAACCCAGGGAGUCGGAGGAAAGCGACACCAUCUCUCCAUUCCACAUUCCAAAACACACUUGUUUUGAAUGGGACUUGGUGGUCGGGGCAGCUCUGUUCAGAGAGCAUUUCUGCUUCAGCAGCUAUUGAUGUUCCCACUCAGAUGAAGUCAGUGGAUCCAUACACUCCCACUGAUAAUCAUGCUCUUUGACAGCACAGAGUGGAGCUGCUCUUUCAUCAAUCAAAAGGAAUCUGAACCUGAUUAAUCUGAUUUAACAUCUCCAACACUGGGGCAAGUCAUGUUGCAUUAUAUUAGACUUGAAAGGAAGCAGAGGAGAAGAAAAGAUGGAACAGGUUUUUGGUGAGAAACAUAAACCAGAAGAGUUUGUGGAAAACUGGGAAGAA